AUGAACUCUGCUGGUCGUAAAAGGGAUUGUGACCGUUUUUUAAACUCUAAAAACAUAGGUGAUACGUCUUCUAUUCUAGCAAAGAAGAGAUGGAGUCUACUUAGGGAGAAGAUCAUCCAAUGUUAUACCUUCAGUCAACCUAGUGUAGUUUCAAAUAUUGACAGAAUAUUUGGAUAUAGUCUGCUUAAAAGGUCGAAGUCUUUUUCGUCUGAUAUAAUUGAGCAGGUCCUUCAUAUACCUAGAGAAAAUGAACGAAUUGUAAUUAAAACACCCUCCAGCGUAAAAUUUUAUGAUAUGAGGGAAUUUAAACUGGUCAAAGAAAUACCUUUAACGAAAAGUGAGAACAGAAAUAUUUUCAGUCAGAAUUAUGACCGCUUAGCGUACGCACCGAAAAUGGAUAUUUUUAUUGGUUGGAAACCUGGUGGAAAUACUUUAUGGCCUUUAGCAUGUGAAGAUCUUGAGAAAAUUGGUAUUCCAUCUACAACUACAAAUCAGUUAAUCGGUGUAUUUUCUAACUUUGAUUCAGGAAGUAUAGUUUCGCUGGAAUUAAAAUCAUUUAAACUAUGUUCAAAUGACUAUUCCCGGAUUAUAUUUGCAAGACACUGGCAAUUUCAAUUUACUGAAAUCCAACUUAUACCAGAUAAAUGCGUACCAGUUUUGGCACUUAAGAAUUGUAUCCCAUUUAGAUUUCCGACGCACCAAGAAGAAUUAUUCACACAAAUCAGUACAUGUCCUCUACUUAAAAGACUUUUUGAGACAUUUGAAUUUCCAACAGAAUUAGUCAGUUUCGAAGAGAAUUGGAGUCAGAAAUGUCAACUUCUAAUUGGUUGGAAAUAUUCAGCUUGGUUACGUUGUAUGCAAUUCGAUAAACAUUUUAGUUAUAAGUCUUACGAUAAUAAUUGUGAUGAGGCCGAUGAAAGACUUUUAGAAACGAUCAAUUUUCAAAGCUUUCAAAAUUCAACCAUCACUCAUAAAUCACAAAUUACGGCUGUUCUGUUUUUUAGCCCGUUAAAUGUUUUAAUUACUGGUGAUAUAUCCGGGACAAUAAAAACAUGGAAUACUGAUCAAGUUCAAUUAACAGUACUUCAUGGUCAUUUGGGAGAAAUUAUGCAUUUUUCAGCACAUAGGUGGGAUUUAAUUAGAUCACAUAAAUUUUAUUCCACAUUUCCAAGUUUCGUUUCAAUAAGUAAGGAUGGACUGAUGAAAUGUUGGCAGUUUUCGCAAUCAAAUUAUGUGUAUCCGAGAAAUGAUACUUCAGGAUCUUCAAAUCUGUCAAAAAUAGUAUCAGAUCAUGAAACCAAAGAGAACAGUAUAAAAGAAGUAGAUAGUAGACAGACACUUAUAAAUUUGUAUUCGAAAAUUCUAUCUACAAAAACGUCCUCACCAAACUCACUACACACUGUUCAUGACAUUGUAAUGAAAAGAAACACUGGUGACAUUAUUCUAGUCGGAGUAUAUCGAGACGCUGAUUCAUGUGAGAUUCAAGAGAAAUGUCAACGGCAGUAUUACAUGGAACAUUGGAUAUUAUCUGAGCCAUGUUCGCCAAUAGCCGAAUUUCCAAAAACAGUUAAAACUGUAUCAUUUAUAAGAUUAAAUGAUUUAUAUGAUAUUGUUUAUCCUGAAACCAAUAAAUCAUAUAAUCGAUCUGAAUGUCUAAACGAUAAUUCAAUCAAUAUAGCAGUUGUUAUAUGCGAAGGAAAACCUGGAAGUGUACAUUUACUUUCUACACUGGAUGGAUCCAUUUUAACAACAGCUGUAUGUGACGAUACAGUUGUAGAUGCUGCUUGGCAUUGGAUGCUUGAAAAAUUGUUUAUUUUACAAAAUAAUGGAAACAUCGCUGUAUUUUCCACUUGUACCCGUCCAUGCAAUUUACUUUCUGUAUGGUCAUCAGUUGAUCAUGAUGUAUUUUAUCGUGGUCCACUCUUACUUUAUCCAGUUUAUUGUCCAGAACACUUCAGAUUAUUUUUGGAAAAUGACAGGUUCAGUGAUCACUUACCACCGGUUAUUUUGUUAUUAUUGGUUGGUCAGUCGGAUGGAUCUAUGGUAUUAUUAUGUACUACAGAAGGAAUCAUAUUGAGCAAAACUCCAAUGGAUUCAAUCAAUAGAGCUUCAGACAAUCUUCCAGAAAAUAAUCAACCACAACAACAUCUAUCAUCGAUCAGAUCAAAUCCGAAAUUCGGGAGAUUGUACACUAUUAAUGGAGAGGGAACAAUUAAAGUAUGGCAAUUGAUUACACCUUUACCAAUCGGUGUACAAAUUCAAAGACCGGAUAUCUUUCAAAGAGAUAAACGUGUAUAUUUCACACGUUUUCCAUUCAAAUUUAUUCAUAAUACUGACAUCUGUUGUGUUUAUACCGCUAAGAAUUUUUCAUUCUCCAAAAUAGAUAAAGCUAAUAUUCACUGUUUAAAUGAUGCUUGCUGUUACAAUGCAAUUUGUGCUGAAAUAACUCAUCCAGGCGAUACGUAUUCAAUAUUCAGUUUCUUAACAACACGUUAUUUUAAUUCAGCUUAUUUAAAUCAUGAUAAUAUAACUUUGAUCAAAGAUAGUUGUAUUGGCUUAACCAAUAUCAGUACAUUAAAUAAGCAUUUUGAAAAAGCGCCCAUUGUUGAACAAAUAUUUUUAACAAUAACCAUUGAUCCUGUUGAACAAGAAAGCCUUUACUUAAAAGUAUGGCGGAUAAUAUUUGAAUACAAUAGGGGAAAUGAAUAUCGUGUCAAAAGCUCUAGCAGUUUGAAACGAACAUCCAUAGAAACUUUGAAAAAUUCAAAAAUAUUGGCUGAUAAUGAAGACACUAAUAUUAUUAAUUUAAAAUGUAGCCUACAAUUAUUAAAUACAUUAAGAUUACCAUGUCCAACUGGACCAAGAACAUGUAAAGCUGUUUGUAGAAUUGUCAGUAUUCAAUCAAAUGGUGAUGUUUUAUUGACAGUCGAUAAUAGUAUUUAUUUACUUCACUAUAAAUCAUUAAACAAAUAUCUUAAAUUCAGAUCUUAUUUCAUAAAUUUAAUGGAUAAUAAUUCUAUUGAAAAUGUAAAAAUUCCGAAUAUAUUACAAAAUGUAAUCAGAAAAAGAGAAUGGAAUAUAGACGAAUUGAAGAAAAUGAGUGAUGUAACUUUGUCUUUGGUUUGUGACAUUCGUCAGUCAGUAAACUUUUCACUGGAAGAACAAAAAGCCACAAAGAAUUUAUUUAAAAAGGCGCAAAUUCUAACUAAACUCAAAGAAAGAGAUAUCGAUUUGAAGGAAAUGUCAAAAACUGAAUUGUCAAAAACCCAAUCAAAACGUCGUCCUCAUAUUGAUUAUGCUUCAAUGCAAGAAGCUAAACGAAUUGCUUUUAACAAUUACUAUGAAAAGAUAUUAUCUAGACAAUAUUUAAACAUAACCCCUUACUCGAAAGAAUUGAACAUUGAAGAGGAUGAUGAAAUCACAUUAUUAAAAGAAAAGUUGUCAAUUAUGGAACAAACUUGUUCACAAAUUCAACUUGAAGCAUUAAUCAAAAAGAAACCAGUGAAAGCAAAAAAACACAAAUCAUUAAAACACCGUAAAACUGAUAAGAAGCAAAAAUUACCACAACAUAGUAGUGAAAAAGUCUCUCCGGUAAAACCACAACAGUCUAUCGAAUUGCCAAUAAUUGCUGAUAAUAAAGAGUUGGAUGUAUUGCCUAGUCAUAGAGCAAAUGGAUUUUUUCCAAAGAUUAUUUUGCAUGAAAGUGGGCGUUUAAAAUAUGGUUGGGCGCCUAAUUCGUUACUUCUUGGUAAAUAUUACUCAAGAAUAACUCAAUCAUCAGCGGUAGAUGGUAAAACGAGCAUGAAUCACGCCAAAUGGGCUGAUAUUGAAGCACAAUUAGCUAGAUCAGGUAUUCACACACUAUUGGAAAGCACUCUAACUUCUGACUCUAGUACAAGUUGGAUAAUAGAAUCCGACAAAGAAUUAACAACGAUCAGUAAAGAGAUGAGUGAAGGAGAUUUAAUAGAUGGGAAUGUCGAUGAAAAGUUGCUUGCCAGUAAAUUUUUGGAUAUGAAUCAAUCAAUGGAUCAUUCAGUUAGUUUAUCAACUUUACAAAAUGAGAUAAACACUGAAUUGGAACAAAUUCAAAUGUCUACAGUUGAAAAUUCAACACUACCGUCAGUGAAACAUAAAUCAAUGAUUAAAAAUGAUCUUAAGCAAUCUUAUUCGAAGGAAACAGAUUUACUGUCUGAUUUAAUUGAAAGGCAAGCACUUGGUCGUCCAAAAUAUGAACGAGAAAAUACUAUUUUCUUGACAGAAUUCAUUGAUACAGACAAGAUUGACCUAUUUUUGCUACCAGAGUUUUUGCUAAGUUUUCAAAACUCUAGAUGGUUACCUAUUCUUGGAUUAUUAAAUGAUCAAGAACCGGAAGGUUGGUCUGACUUUAAUGCAGGUUCUAAUGUUGACUGUUUUAUUCAAUGGCUAUUGUGGACAAAUGUCAUGCCAAAAAUAUGCUCACAAGAAAUUCCACCAUGUAAGGAAGAUGAAGACCUGUAUCUUUGUCAAACUAUUUCACAAUUUUGUACAGAUUUUAAAGCACUCUCUACAGAUUAUCAAUUAUCUAUGGAAUACAUUCGUGAAUUACAUCACUGCUUGACUGGAUGCAUAAUAAAUGAACUAGGGAAAUCAAUAGAAUUUAAAGGAUGGAAAAUGUUACAAGCAGUCGCCACACUGUUGAUUACACUUGGUUUUCAUGAUAUUGACACAGUGGUUAUCUUAUUAAUGUUAUAUGUGAAAGUACUUCUGUGUCGUGAAAACGAUGAUCCACAAUAUCCAGAUGAAGUUAAAAAUGUGAAUUUAAUCCAAUUUAUUCAGCAAUCAUUACAAUCACUUGGAUUUCAAAUUAAACAUUACAAUUAUCUUGAAGAAGAGUUAAGAAAACUUAAAAAUAUCGACAAAAAUAUGAGAAUUAAUCCACCGAAAAAAAUUAUUCACUUACAUGAUUGUAGUCAUCUAGUGAAAAAUGCUAAGACAUUAAAUUGUUGGCUUAAAUUUUACAAAAUCUUAUCUGUAUGGCUUGAGAAUUGGUCGAAGCAAAGUAAUGAAACAGAAGUAUCGAAGCAUCAAUCUUCUAAACUUGAAAAUCCAAUAAACAAUAUUUUGCCUACAAUAACUGAUUCCACAAUCAAAAGUAAAUCAAUGAAAAAACAAGUGAAAUGGUCAGAAGAUGAUUAUUAUCACGAUGAAUUUAUUCGAAAUGACGGUAUACAAGCAUUGAAUGCAUUUGUUAACUGGUGUCAUGAACAAAGAUUAUUGAAAUUACGUGAACAAGCCAAGCUGGAACAAUUACAAAUGGAUAAACUAAAACAAAACAUCAGCGAAGUGAAAAAAGAAACUAUUAUGCCAAUGAAACAAGUUAGUGCGGAUAAUAGUCGACAGCAUAAAAUGGUGAUGCUUUUACCGCCGUUGAAUGAAUUAGAAAGAUGUGUUGUACGUUUAGGUGAAUCAUAUGUCACUGAACGACGUAAAUAUUGUAAAACAAAGAACCUUCUACAGCCAUGGAUGAAUAAUGCACAACAAACAAAAUAUGUAGAUAUUAUGAAAAGUCAAAGCUUACGUGAUCCAACUCAACCUGCAUAUGCACAACCAUGGAAAUCUUAUAAAAAUGCACUAACAGGACAUUUCCCACCGAAAAUACACAUAAAACUAAAAGAAUGUAAUAUUCUACCAUUUGAUAAAUAUCAACCUCUUAAAGAAACGUUAAAACAAAGACUUGCAGAAAUUGAAAGAUUACAAGAAAAUAUAACAAAUUUCAAGAAACAAAAUAAUUUCAACAAACAUAUACCGCCUUACAUGAUCAAUGGAAUGGAUAGUAAAGAUUUGGACAAUUAUCAUAAAUUCUUAUGCUCAUUGAUUUAUGAUGAAAAGAAUAAAUUCAAUUCAAUAGUUCAAUGGUUCAUUCCAAUCAUGUCAUCAUGUCUGUUGCCUUUACCAAUGAAACCGAAGAAAUCACCGCAAAUCAAAUUACCACAUUUAUGUUUAAAGACAUCUUAUGAUGAAAAAGUGGGAAAUGACAUUGGCGUCUAUGAGGACGAAGUAGACGAAGAACAUGACAUGUUAAAUACAAAUUCAAUUUGUAUUUCAGACAAUCUAUCAAUUGAAUCCAUGUCUGUGUUAUAG